AUGUCCUCGUCACCGAAUGAGUCAAAGGCUCUGUGUGACUACCUCGGAAUAGAGGAGGAGGUGGACUAUGGUAGCGAUACCAGUGUCCGCAGUGAUACAGGGACAAUGUCCGACUCACUGAUGCCUGAGGCACAAACUUUGAACGCCCCCAAUCCGUUCGCUGAACGUGGAGAUGCGAGCGCACAACCAGCGCAGCAUGCAGCAUCUGGGUCUGAUGAAAGUAUCAUCACAAACCCGCUCGAUGAGCAACGACAUUUGCUUGUUCAGCAAGAAGAAAACGCUCAGCGUCAUGCACGAAUGGUUGUAACGCUUGAACGCCAGCGUGACUAUGUGUUCACCCCACCCAGUGUGGAGGAACGUCUACGUCAAGCGGCCGGCCAAACGUUGGCAACGUGGGUCAUUGGCCAUCGGCCCAAGACUCCUAAGAAGGUGGUGAGCUGCCAGGCACUUCGUAAGAGGUACCUGGAGCCGCACUAA